AUGUCCGUCAACGACAAGAACAUCGGCAGCAACAUGGGCGUCGACGUCCACCCCGGUGUUGCCAACCCCACCACUCACUCUGUCAACUCAAAUCCCCUCGAAACCAACUUUGUGACCGACCCCGCGACUGAGGAUACGGGCGCUGGUGCUGGAUCCAACUUCGAAGGUCACAAACAGGCUCAGCGCAACUUCGCUGCCAACUCUGGCGUCGUCGAGGGCCGCCCAGGCAUUAUUGAGUCGACCAACAUCGACCCGCUGAACGAGAGCUCGAAUAAAGACGACGGUUGGGCCAAUGCCAACGCCAAUGCUACCUCGACUGCCCCUGGCAUUAAGGACCGGGCUUGGAAUUUCGCCGAUGGCGUGUCCAACCUUGCAUACGGCGUUGCGACUGGUGACCAAUCGUCCACGCAGCAGGGCAAGGAUGCGCUCGGUCUCGGCAAGAAGUAA